UUUACUUUUGCGACAGGAUAAUUUACUGAGAUCAUUGGAAGAAUGUGGUCUAAAAUGUGUUUGUUCUUAAUAUAUGUGUUUUUGUGUACGAUAGUGCAAUAUAAUGUGACACACGCCAAAAGAAUAUUAGUUAUAUCAAAUUAUCCAUCGUACAGCCAUCAAAUAGUUUACCGUAAUUUAUGCUUAGAAUUAAACAAACAGGGUUACGAGAUUGUGUCGGUCACUACAGACCCUAUAAAAAACUCUUCUUUAAAAAAUUAUAGAGAGAUUGAUUUAAAUUACUUUUAUAAGGGUUUUUCUGAAUAUGUAACGCUAUCAUCAUUUAAUAAUAUCGCAGAAGCAAGCUUGCAGUUAAAAUUUUUAGAGGUAGAAAGUAUUGUAUGGAGUGGGAUUCACAUCUUAAAUCGCGAGGUCUUUAAACAUCCAGAAAUGAAGAAAUUAUAUGCAAGUGAUAGCAAUGAACACUUUGACGCAGUUAUUGUAGCGCAAGGCCCCACAGUUUCAUUGAAUGCCUUUGCAUACAGAUUCAAUGCACCUCUCAUAGGUAUCUCAAGCCUGGAUGGAUAUAAUUAUAUGCGCUAUAUGCUUGGAUCUUUAAUUCUCCCAUCGCAUAUUUCCAAUUGGCAAAUCAAUACGAUACCUGAAAGCAAUAUGUCAUUUUGGAGAAGACUCGUUAACUUUUGUGAAGUGUGGAAGCAUAUGUAUGACUGGAUAAACGUACAUAUUCCUAUAGAGGAUGCACUCGCAAAGAAGUAUUUAGGAGAAGACCUGCCUCACAUUAAUGAUAUAACGAAAAACAUGAGUAUAUACUUGACGAACAAACAUCCAGCGCUUUCUUAUGUCAGAUCUGAACAACCAAACCUCAUAUUUUUCCAUGGUUUUCAUAUCGCAAAAGUACCACCUGCCCUGCCAAAAGAUUUAAAACAGUUUCUCGACAACGCGACCGAAGGAUUUAUUUACGUCAGUCUUGGAACCAACGUUAAAUGGGAAUAUUUACCGAAUAAUACAUAUCAAUCCUUUGUUAAAGCGUUUUCAGCGCUGCCGUACAAAGUUGUUUGGAAACAUGACCCUGACCUAUUACCUGGCGAGUUUGAGAACAUACUAGCAUCGAAAUGGUUUUCCCAGCAAAGUAUCCUUGCUCAUCGAAAUAUCAAGCUAUUUAUUUAUCAAGGCGGCCUGCAAAGUACCGAGGAAGCUGUUCAUUAUGAGGUUCCUAUCAUAGGAUUUCCCAUUAUGUGGGAUCAGAUAUUUAAUGUGCAAUAUUUAAAAAAAUUGGGCAUUGGAGUUCAACUUCAUAUAAACAAUAUUUCGAAAGAAAGCAUUGAGGCUGCUAUAUAUGAAGUUAUAAAUAAUAAAAGAUACAAAGAUCAGAUGAAACAUCUAAGUCAACUUUAUAAUGACGGACCGUACGACAGUCUUCAAAAUACAAUAAGAUGGAUCGAGUACGUGAUACGGCAGAAUGGGACGCCUUUCUUGCGAGAUAAUAUUUGUAACGAGAUGUGGUAUCAACGAUACGAUUGGGAUAUCAUUGGAUUUUUUGCUAUAGUAAUAUUUAUAGCAUCUCUUCUUGUUCUUUGGAUAUUAUAUCAGAUUUUACGAUUUCAUUUACGAAUAUUAUCGAAUUCUCUGCGUAGCAAAAUGUAUAGAGUUAUUUGUAAAAUGUGCGUGAUUUUAUCUCUAUGGCUGCUGCCGGCAAACAACAUUGCGAAUGCUAAAAGGAUUCUCGUGAUCACGUAUGCACCGUUUUACAGUCAUCAAAUAGUUUUUCGAUCGUUAUGUUUAGCCUUAAACAAACGAGGGCACGAAAUAAUCAUAUUAACUACACUUCCGAUGAGAGAUUCGACGUUAAAAAACUAUACAGAAAUUAAUUUGUCAAGUACCGCAACCUCUUUUGUUAAAAAGUACAAAACAGAAUUUUUGCGAUUGAUAAAUGACGAUGAUGACAAAUUGUUCAAACACAUCUUGAACAAAACGAACAUGUUUAGCGACAUCAUAUUUGAUGAACCAAAAUUUAAGGAACUUUAUAGAAAAGAUAGUAAUGAAACAUUUGACGCGGUUAUCGUAGAAGCAAUAAGCAGUCCGGCGGUAUUUACUAUGGCAUAUAGAUUUAACGCUCCUCUCAUAGGAGUCAUAUCUAUGGGCAUACAUAAUCAUCAACGAUAUAUUUUUGGUAGUCCCAUACUUCCAUCACAUGUUUCAAAUUGGGAACUUAAUACAUUAGUUGAGGAAAAUCCAUCAUUUUGGCAAAGAUUGCAAAAUUUUAUCAAGACAUGGUCCUCUAUUCAUUAUUAUGUUAAUAAUUUCUUAACUAUGGAGCAAGAAACGGCUAAAAAAUAUCUCGGAAAUGAUAUACCACGCGUCAUCGAUAUAAUAAAAAACAUGAGAGUCUUGUUAGUUAAUGAAAACCCGGCGAUCGUGUACCCUAGACCUGAACAACCAAAUGCAGUAUUUUUUAGCGGAAUCCAUAUACAAAAAACACUGCCACCUCUGCCAAAAAAAUUAGGACAAUUUCUAGAUAACGCAACAGAAGGAUUUAUUUAUGUGAGCUUUGGAAGCACCAUUUCCUGCCCUUUCCAGAAAGAAAUGCUAGAAAACUUUGUCGAAGUAUUUUCCAAGUUAUCUUAUAAAAUAAUUUGGAAACUUGAUUGCGACGAAUUGUCAAGAAAGAUUGUAAUCGAUAAUGCAUUUAUCUCGAAAUGGUUUCCGCAACAAGGCAUAAUCGCUCAUCCGAACAUCAAGUUGUUUAUUUAUCAAGGCGGACUUCAGAGUACCGAAGAAGCUGUUUAUUAUGCAGUUCCAGUCCUGGGAAUUCCUAUUCUAUCCGAACAGAAAGUUCAAGUUCGACGAUUGGUUUCAUUAGGUGCAGCAAUAUAUCUCAAAUUAAACGAAAUAACCAAAAAAUCUCUCUCUACAGCCAUUCAUCAGAUUCUAAAUGAUAAAAGUUAUAAAGAGAAGAUGACAUAUCUAAGUUCUCUACAAGGAUCAACCAUAUGACAGUAUGGAAAAAGCAAUAUGGUGGAUAGAAUUCGCGAUGCGCCACAAAGAAGUAAAUCAUCUCCGAUUUAGCGAAUGCGAUAAACCAUGGUAUCAACGUUAUGAUGUAGAUAUCAUUGCUCUACUU